AUGUCGGUAACAAAUCUUCCUGAACUACUAACAACCAUCAACUCACUACCGAACUUAAUUCCCGAAAAACAACAAAACCAACAGCAGCCACAAUUGCAGCGACAGCAAAAUAAUGAUCUUUGCAACAGCCGAGGCGGUGGCAUCUGCCACACGUGCCACACGGAUAAGGAUUUCUCCGACAGAUCCGUCUACGUUCACGCAUUUGACAAGUAUCAGCAGGAGGCUAAUGAAAUCGCUCAUCUUAUGGAGUUGAUUGAGACGUCAAAAAAGUUUUGUGGCAUACUUUAUACAUGGCGAAGCUGUACCAUCCCGAUACCUAAGAAUCUUCCGCCUGAGGGGUGUCCAGCAGUGAUGGAAGUCCUUGAGAAGGAAGUUAAGAAACUCAUCGAUUUUUAUCACUUCCAAAAGAUAGCUGUUGAAAGCUUGCGAAGUGAGAUAUCACGUUUUGGUUCGGCGGCUAGUACGGAGUUCAUCUCAAAGACUUACAUCUCCCUCUUCUGCCAGUUCAUCAGCUCGAUAGCUACGUUGGACGAGCUGAAGAACAUUAAAGCCAGCAUCAAGAAUGAUUUCGCCCAUUAUAAAAGGAACCUUCGUAAGACGAACGCCCAGCAAGAGCACAUCAGCAAGAUGAGUGAUCUCUCCAUCUUUCUAGGCACGCACAACAGCAUCCUCACCGAACUCAAAAAGCUGCUGCUAGGUGUCACGAACCAUGAAGAUUUUCUGUGUCACGUGGUUGUGACGUGCGUCAUUAAGUACGAACAGAAGUGUUUCCUGCUACCGGAAGAGAAAUAUGACCUCGUUAAGGUGAUAGGUUUCCUUUUGUAUUUAAUGGACGGUCCGAAAUUCAACAUCAACAAAACAAAGAAACUCAACAUUUCAAAGAUUGACAACAUUCUAAAAGAAGUUGAUGUGAUUCCAUUAUAUGGGGACAUGACGUUCCGUUCAUUUAAUUAUAUUCAAAAGGCGGCAAAUUACGAGGCUUCCUAUUGGCCGAAGUGUUCGUCAGCUGAUCCGAGCCCUCAAAGCUCAUUGGUCAACGUAAUUUCUAUUUUUAGACAGCAGCAUAGUAAUGUUGUUAUGGAGUUUACUGAGGCUAUGAAAAAAGUUCUAGACGUUACAAUGGUUGACUCAGCUUUCAAGAAAAACAUCAACAACAACAACAACAUCAACAACAACAACAACAUUUCCAUUCCAACAACAGAGCAGAUGACAGCGGCAUAUAACAUUGCACUGUUAUGUCUGCAAACUUUGUCUGGUUGGACCUCUGCGGUCGUUGAAUUGGUCACAAAGUACAACUAUAGUUCAGAAGAGAAGACAGCCUUAGUAGAGUUAAUAGGCUACAUAAAAGGGUUGUACAACCUCUUCCAUAAAAACCUCAUAACGAUAUCCUCUUUCAUCAACGUCUACAUAUUCAAACAACUGCAGCAAUUCGUUAACAUUGAUAUGAGUGAACCACUGAGGAAGGCAGCGAAACAUCAUAAGGAUGUUUUCUUACUUACAGCCAUACAAAACACGUGCGCUGACACUUCAUGCCUCCACAAGUCUGAAGUUUCAGACAAGAAGUCCAAAAAAUCGGAAGCGGUCGUCGUUAAGGGCAAACAAGCUCCACCCUCCAACACCCAGCUCUACCUCGCGCGUUCCAUGCUCGACUAUCUGAUUAACAACGACAGCAAGGUGGCCAGUAGCAAACAUCCAUGCAAAGACCUGGACAGCCAGCAUGUAAAAUGCAUCAGGGAGUUUCUCAUUAACAGUCACAUGUGGAAAUACGUUAUGCAGCUACAAAAUUGUUUGAACGCCUGCAGCGAUUUAAGCCAACUCUGGUAUCGUGAGUGCUACCUGGAAAUGACCAAGGGUUUGGAGAUCCAGUUCCCAAUAGAGCAAUCGUUCCCUUGGAUACUUGUUAGUCACAUAUUGGAGAAAAGAGACCCUUAUUUGAUUCAUUUUGUAUUGUACAUGUUCGACCUGUACAAUGAUUCUGCAAAUACGGCUUUGUACACCUUCAAGAAGCAACAUUUGUUUGAAGAAGUUGAGGCUGAGUUGUUAGGAAGAUCAGUGGAUUUGCAGCAGCGCAUCACACAGUCUAUGAACGAACUCUUGAUCAAAUCACUGAACAUCGCCAUCUCGAGAUUUGAAUUCUCUGACGUCACUGGAAUUGUGGAAUUAGAGACUCUAGUACGCAUAAACAAAGAAACCCACAAAAGGCUGAACAAAUAUCUUCCACUUGACGAUUUCGCCAUCCUUUGGCGAGAAGCAAACUCAAACGUGACCUCUCCUUACGGCCGGAUCGCCGUCUACAUCCUUCUGGAACUGACUUCCGACUUCCUCCCGCAUUACUGCUACAAUUCCAGUACAGGCAGAUUCGUCCAAACGGUUCUUCCUUUUGCCGACAAGACCACGCGCGACCGACCGCCAAACGUGGCCGCCUGUCAUUUGUACGGCAACAAGGCCCUAGCUCAGUGCUACCAAUGCAUACACGGCAUGUAUAGCAACUUCUUCGGCGCUCCUCACUUCACAGCAAUGGUCGAACUAAUGGGGUACCAAGAUGUCGCCAUGCUGGCCAAAGAACUUAUGGAGAAUAUUAGGUCUUUGAUAAGAAACACUUUGGUACCCUAUACAACGUCACUGCAAAGUGUCAUGCCCGAAAAGUGCAUACUUCCUAGAUAUGAUUACACAUCACCUGGAGUUCUUGGUUAUUAUGAGAUGCAGUUGGAAGCCAUCCUGACCUACUCUGACCUCCAGCCAAAAGUCUUCCAAUGUAUGCGUGAGAUUGGAAAUUCUAUACUGUUCGUUAUGCUGAUUGAACAAUACCAGUCCAUCCGCGAAGUUUCAGAGUUGAACAUGGCUGGCAUGUUUCUCAAGGUCAUUCCAAAACCUUACGUUCCGGAAGAUGACAAAAAAACGUCAGAGGAAUUAGAAACCGAGAGGGCGAAAUUGACGCUCGAACUCGAGAACAAGUAUCGCCAUCUUAACUUGCAGGCCAUAAUGUCAAGGAACUGCAAUGAAGAGGACUUUACACUAUGUAAAGAGAACAUUCUCCUAUCAAGAGACAAACUGGCCUGCGGACUCUACGUCUUCAAGACCUUCCUGGUUCAACUGCAAGACGAGCUGCUAUCAAUCGAAGAUCCAGUAUUUCACGGCAAGCCGUCAAACGCUACCUCAUCGGCGACCCUGUGGUGCGUGCAGAGCAACAAGGAGUUUCAUCGCGUCUGGUCAGCCAUGCAAUUCGUCAUGUGCAGGACUCUUGGACAGAAUGAACUGACCGUUGAAGAGUUGUUUGGCGAAGGAAUAAACUGGGGUGGUUGCUCAAUUGUUUUCCUAUUAAAGCAACAUCGCAGGUUUCAGAUAAUGGAUUGCUGCUAUCAUCUGUACAAGGUUAACAGAGUUGAUCAGAUUGAUAAAGUCUGCUCUGGCGUUCCCUUGAGGAAGAUGGUAGAUAGGAUCAGGAAGUUUCAGAUUGUGAACGACGAGAUAUUCUCCUGUCUGGAGAGGCAAUUCAAACCAAGCGAUCGAGAAAUAUCCGUUUCCGAUUUUGGAGUCGAAGUUGAGUACUUGAUGCCAACUCCACCUCCGCCUAGUUCGAACGCAAAUGUCGCCGGUGUGGUUGUUGAUUCUGCUGCUGCUGGUGGUCGUGGUGGCGAUGGUGAUAAGGCAGGUGUUGGUGGUGGAACUAGUUUCGUCUGA